AUGGACAAAGAUAUCAACUCAACCCGCUUUUUACACUACGGUUCCCUCAUAAACCUCAAAACUCUUGACAACUACUACAUCUACUCUCAAGGCUUCAUCGAAACCACACCCUUUCUGCAGCCUUUUACCGAAAUUGAGUCAAAUUUCAUCGGAGCAGUUUUUCGUAUAAUUCCACAGUGUCAGUAUUCUACCCAAAAAGAAAUCCUUCGUUAUAUUUCAGACGCAAAUGGGAUAGUCCAAGCAGAAAAGCUGGAAAGGCUUGAAGACAGCUUGGACGGAGAAAUCAAGACAAAUACCCACACUUAUAACACUUUUAAAGGGGAAGCUAUCAAAUAUGGGUCUUUAGUUCAGCUGGAACACAUUCAUUCCCAUCGGUUCUUGGCAUUGCAAAGCAAGACGUCAGCAGAAUCCGAAAAGGAAAAUUUUAGGCUGACUUUGGAAGAUUUUGGUAGUGAGUAUUCCCAUUUCAGGAUUGAGCCGAGUUAUAAGUAUCAGAAAGAAGGCAGUGGGCUAGUAAGGCUUAAAGAUAAAGUACUAUUUGAGCUUAUGGUACCAGAACUGAACCGUGCAGCUUAUUUGCAUGCGAGCAAAGGACCUUUAAUAAUCCCUCCAAUGAGCAGACUUUCUAUUGAUUUUUCUGUAUCUCAGCUUGUAGUCCAAGAAGUCAAUGCCUCCUUAGACCAAAAAACCAAAUGGGCCAUUGACUUAUACGCCCCAGUCGAAAAAAAAGGCGCACAUUUGCUUGCAUGUGGGAAUUAUGUAUGGCUUUCUAGGACAGAAGAAGGUGUCUGUUUAUCAAUGUUCCAUAAAGAAGAUAUCAACCCUAAAGUAAUUUACAGUGACAAUUUAAAUGAUACUAAUGGACUUUGGAUGAUAGAAGGAGAAGAUCUACAUGUAGGAGGACUUGUGAAGAUUGGAAAUAAAUAUAGAUUGAAACAUAUGUCUACUGGAAAAUAUUUAGUUUUAAAAACAGUCACCAAAAUUGUAGGCGAAAUUAAUCAUAAAGUUAUGCUGAAGCCUAUUACUCACCCGAAUUCCUUAUGGAUGUUUAUUCCGCUUGAAAGCAAAAGCGGGGUUUAUUUUUUGAAUUCAGAGCAGCACUGCAAAAUUGUCAAUGCAACCAUCAGUGGGGCGACUAUUACAGGAAAAGUGAUAACGGCCAAUAAUGUGACCUCGUUUUCACCUGUGGUGGAAUUUUUUUCUGAUGAUUUGACUUAUUUUAAAGUCUCUAGGGCAAAUGGAGAAGUUGCCUGGGAAACUUUGUUUCUACUAAACUGUAAGCCAAUAUUACAAAGUUUCCCUGAAUUUAUGGCAAAAAAUGCAGAUGUGCUGAGCAGAGGUCCAAAAGCUAUGAGGGAAUAUGAAAAGUAUUUGAAAUUAAUUGAAAAAUGUUUAGACGAUCUUGAACUGUUUUGUAAAAACAAGCUAAAAAGUAUGGUGGGGCUAGACAAUCAAUACGGCCAAGUGCAAAGAGCAAGGCAAAGAAUUCUCCGUGAGCAGCGAUUUUUCGAGGAUUUAACAGAAAUUUUAAAAAAUGUUUUUAUUUCCUAUGAAGAAAUAGAACGCGUAAAAAUGAUAAAUACAGCAGAAAAAUCCUAUGGGGAAGAAGUUGAAGAAGCUAAAAACGAUUUUAAAUCAAUUGAAAUGAUAAAAAUUACCCUACAGAAGUCCAUUACUGAAAAAGCUUAUUCUGUGAUUUCAGCUAUUUGCCACAAAAAUAUGGAAAAUCAAAUUUACGCCUGCGAUUUUUUUAAAAUUUUUGUAAAACACGUUGGGCUAAAUCUAGGAGCUACAAAAUGUAUGCAUGAAAUAGUAAAAGAUAAUGAAAAAAUAUUAUUAGAGCUCCAUGACACUUUUACAACCUCUGAGUCAAAAAACCUUAUCCAGCAUUUUGCGUGGCUUUUAAAGCAGAAUUAUAGAACCAAAAAGCCAGAAAUUUUGGAAUUUUUAAAAACUAUUUGUGUCCAUAAAGGAGAUGGAGUCACGGUUAAUCAGGAAAAAGUGUUUGAAAGUAUUUUUACAAGCCCUAAAAUAUAUAAAAAAGUGUUAAUUCCUGUAUCUGAAUGUGAAGGAAACCUUUAUAUUUCUCUAGGAGAGACUAGAAGUGACUUGAUUUCUUUAGAUAGCUGCUUUAGAGACGGGAAAAUUAUUAACCAUUCAGCAGAAAUAAUUUAUUUUACCAAACUUUUAGAGCUGUUUGGCUGCUUAUGUAUUGGCAGGAAUUUUCUAUGCACAGAGUCUUUAAAAGACCAUUUUUCUUCAGAAGUCUUGCAGAAUAUGAUAUGGAAUGUUGAUAUCAGCAAAAAAGUUAGGGCAGCUUUCUGUAGACUUAUUUUGACAAUACAUGUUGAUGCUUUCCCAAGGGAAGAAAUAAAACGGCCUGAGCUGAUUAAAGUUUUGAGAUUGAGAGGAAGGCAUGCGUGGGAGGAUAAAGCAGAUACCCGAUUUUGUGAAGAAAACAUUGAUUUUGUGAAAAGUUUUGAGCCAAUCACAGAUCAAGAGAAAAAAAAUAUUUUUUUGGUUUUGUGAAUUUUCAAAGAGAAUUUUGGCCUUGAUAAACAUUUCUUUGAACAUUAUUAAUUCAAAAUUUUUCUCGUCAAAAAAAACCUAAAAAAAUAAUUUUGCUAGUAAAUAUAUCAAGGGAAAAAUAUAUUUACCAAAAUAGUUCAAGAAAAUGUUUAAUUUUACUAAAGACCUGUAACAUUAUUUUUGAUAAGGUAAAAAAGCCAAGAAAUUUUUUCCAAAGGUUUUCAUCAAGCUCUAUUUCUCCGCUAACUGAAGAAAGCAUCAAUAAAAUAAAAGAUGAAGAUAGGUGGAUUCAUAUUUUGAGCAUGAAUUUAUUGAAAUUUUUCAAUUAUCAGUAUCUGAGACCUCAAUAUGAUGUGCUUACAUUAGAAAUGUUAAAACUUAGUGACAAAAUGUUUAGGUUUGAUAUUUAUGGAGCAGUCUGCACAAAUUUAGAGAAUGGGACUAUUCUUAGUGACCCAGAAAAUCCGUAUUUUAAUGAGAAAAAGAUGGAUAUGAUUAAGUUCCUGUCCUCUAUAAAUCACAUCUAUUUUUACAAUGCACAAAGCAGCUCAAACACCAAAAGCAAAUCCCUUUCCAAAAAAAAAUCAAGAUUACUUGCAGAUAAGCAGAAGAAAAAACUUUCAAAAAAUUCUUUUUUAUCAGCGCUCCUUAAUGAUCCAGCCAGCUUAUCAGACCCAAUUAUCCGAGGUGCUUUAAAUUUAAGAAAUUUCUUGCAGGCUUUGCAACAGAAUUAUGUAAUCCUUGAAAAAACUGACUAUGAGAACAAAAUAAAAAUAAAAAUCUGCAAAAUAAUGCAUUAUUACAUGGACUGACGUCAAGACUUUUUAGUUUUCAAUAUUUCAAGCUGGUUUAAUAAACAAUCCGAAAUUAAAUCAGAAAAUUUAUCAAAAAAGCUGAAAAAGCUUCUCCCAAAUGUUAUGAAAAUUGCUGACUUAAAUAACAGCCCUACUUUGCAGAGCCAUUUAAGUCAGAUAUAUUCACAUGGAUUUGAGAAUUACUAUAAGCCUGAAAUUUCUGAUUUAAAUUGCAUUUCUAGUACUCCAAUAAUAGGGAGUUUGCUUAAAACUUUUGUCUGUUCUAAUCAUUAUAAGCUUCAAGCUCACACGUUAAAUCUUAUAAUCAGAUGUUUUAAGCAGCGUGAAGAGUUUUUAAUAUCAGUAAAAAGGCUAUGUGCUAUCAGCUCUCGAGAAGACAUGAAUUUAUUGAGGUGGCUGCGAGGAAAUAUCAAUAAAUUCAGACAAAACAGUGAACAAAGCGAGCUGUGGCUGAAUUAUUGGAAAAGAAAUGAUUCUACAAGGAUAAAAUACCUAAGGAAGUUUGAAGAAGUAAUGAAAUUUUUGACGGAGCUUUGUGAUUUAUUUUAUGAAGAUAGCAUUAUUGGAGGAGACCAAAUAACCUUACCCCCCCCCCCCUCCGUGAGCGAACAAAACCAUUAGAAAAAUCGCCAUUUUUUGACCAAAAACCCACCCUCCGUGAGUGAACAAAAAUUUUUUUAAUAGAAAAAAUUUUAAUGGAAAAAAAAUUUUGAUAUAUAAGUGAUAAUUAGUAUAAUGAAAUCUAGAGCUAAUUCUGUUUAAUUUUAAACAAAUUGCGUUUUAAAACAUAAAUUUUGCAAAUUAAAUUAAUAUUUGCUUCCCAAUUUUUGCAAAUUAGGAUUUUUUUAAAUUUCGAAAAAAAUAUUUUUUAUAUAUAAAUUUUUUUUAAAAAAAAAAAAAAUUAACCCCCCUCCGUGAGCGAACAAAAUUUUUUUGUUCGCUCACGGAGGGGGGGGGGGGGGAGUUAGGAAAAAAAGAGACGAUUUCAAAGUCAAGACAAGAUAUAAUGUAUUAUUUAGGCGUCCAUGAGCUUAUUAUCACUCUAUUAAAAGAUGGCAUGCACACACUAGUAAGUUUAUAUGACUCCGCUGACGAAAACCUAAAUGAGCCCAGAAAUAAAAUUGGCGGCUUAUACACCCAAUGCCACAAAAUUCUCCGAAGAUUUGUAUAUGGACACUCCAAAAAUCAAAAAAGGCUACACAAGCAUUUGCAUGUAUUUUUGCAGUACUUGCGAAUUAAUGUUGAACAAAUCCCUUUAAUUUGUGAAAUUUUCAGAGAUAAUCCUGAAUUAAUCCUAAAAAUAACCAAGGAUAUCAUUAGAAAAUUCAAAAAAUUGAUAUACAGAGAAGGGAGACAGCCUGAAUUUCUUGAAUUUUUUGAGACUAUCCAAAUCGCUAAAGGAAAGCCAGUGCCACAAAUGCAGAGAAUCAUUAUUAGGCUAUUUGUGAAAGAAGAAUUUAACAGAUAUCUACUAUAUAUGGAUGACGAACCAGAGCCGAAUUUUAGCUUUGAGCCUGAAGAAAACGAAAAAUCGUCAUGGACUUAUAGAGACAUGCCUUUUGCCUACCACGCCAAACUGUUCAAAGUGCUAUCUAAAUGUGGGCUUGGGGUCAGUGGGAUGUAUAUGAACGAAGCCAGGAUCCAAAAAAUGGUCAAACUGCCUAAAGUUUUCAAUCUUUUAAUCCAAGCUGAAGACAAAACUAGUCCUUAUCAUAUAUUGAAAAUCCCUAUCCUAGAGCUUUUUUUUAAUAUUUAUCUUGACUGUGAAAAAAUCGUUGACGAUCUAAAGGAGUCAAAAGAUUUUAUUGCUUAUAUUAAUAGACAGUCUGAAGCUAUAGACCUUAUAGACGUUUUUGAUAAAGAUUAUGUACAGUUUUUAUUAAUCUGGCUCAAAAUAUUGAAUAAAUAUAGCUUAUCAUAUAUAAACAACCGAGAAAUUUAUUCAGAUAAAGACGAUUUUAUUGCAGUCGAGUCUUUUGCAAAAGCACUGUGUGAGCACCGCCAUCAUUUUUCUGAAAGAAAAAUGCCAGAAAAGCUGCUGGAAGCUGUAAUGUCAUUAUGCAGCCAAUUUAAGGUAGAAUUUAUGCCUAUCGCAUAUGAAGAAGCUGACAUUCUUAUAUCAGAUGAAAUAGAAAACGUAAAGGAAAAUGAGUCAGAAAGGGUAGCAAGAUAUAAAACUCAUUAUCAAUUAAGUAGCAUCUCAACUGAGCAGUCAAAGCAUUGGGAUACCGUUAAAGAAGAAUUUAUAUAUAAUGAAGAAUUCAAAGAACCCCUGCUGCUUGAGCAAAAAGCACUGAGAGCAGCCUUAAUGUAUGCUCAUGAGCUAGAUCCUGACUUAACGUUUGACUCAAUUGCACAAACACUUGUGAAUUUUGUUAGAAAUAGCCGGUCUCAGCAGACUUCUGUAGAAGUAAUUGUGGAAGCUAUCAAACUGCUAGGGUCGCUAAUAGAAAACCCUAUUUGUGGAGAAUAUGAUGAUCCUGACCUUAUUAAAGAAAAUAUCCAAAAUAAACUUAAUGGUUUUGGAGCUGGCAGAAUGGCACUUACCUUGAUGUCUGAGUCUGAAAUAAACCCUGAAAUGUUUAUUGCACUAUUAGACUUUUCGAUACAGCUAUUAGAAGGUGGAAACCCCAACGUUCAAAAAGAAUUUUACCAGUUUUUCGUAAGAGUCCCCAAUUCUGAGUCAUUUUUCCAAAGAAUCCACAAGCUGUUUUUAGAGUGUCUAGAAGAAAUUGGGCAUGGGAUUGGCCUCGAUAUAACGAGAAAGCCCAUUUUUAAGUCAGAAAAGCCAAAAAUGGGGCAGAUUUUAAGACUUCUGCAGCUGCUAUGUGAAAACCAUAAUGACCAGCUGCAGAACUAUAUAAGGUUCCAAGACCAAUCUAGAAACAGUUUUGAUAUGAUAGAAGAUACAGUUUUUUUAUUAGAAAUUCUAGUUAAAAAAAUGUUUUUCAAGUAUUUUCAUGUGACUUCACAAUGUCUAGACGCGCUGACUGAGUUUAUACAAGGUCCUUGCAAGCAAAACCAAGAGAGGAUUAUUGAUAGUAAAUUUUUGGAGCUGGCAGCGUGUAUUUUGUCGUUGGACGAAAACAGCCAAAGUAUACAGCCAUAUGAGAGCUUUAAGGAUGAAGGCUCAAUUUCUAAGAUGGAGUCAUUGAGGUCUCAAGAGUCAACUGAGGAUUAUGAGCUUUGUAGGGGGUGGAUGAUUGCACAUUUAAAGUAUAAAUGUAUGAUUACUAUUUUAAGCUUGCUUGAAGGCAGAGAAGACAAUUAUGUGAUGAGCAGGCUUAUAAGAGCAUUUAAUAUAGAAAUUUUUAAGGAAAACCUUAUGAGUAUUUAUGCAAAUUAUAUUCGCUUAUAUAAAGGGCAGCUCUAUGACUAUGCAAUUUUCAACCAUCACAUGAAAAAUGAGGAAUAUCAGUUUGGGGUGGUUAACGCCCAAGACACAAAUCCUGAAUAUUUUAGAGUAAUUAUUGAGACUGGAUUUAUGAUUUACCAUUUAAUGAAAUAUUUCCAAGACAACGAUGACCCUGAAAACCAAGAAAUCAUUGACGAGGAACUACCUAAAAAUGAUGAGGUUGAAGAAAGUGACCAAUUUAUUGGUGCAAAACUUAUAGGAGGUCUCGGCAAAUUUGGGAUGGCCCUAGUAAAAGACGCAGUUUUUGGGGUCGCAAAGCUUGCUCAAUUCAAUGAUAAAUCAGUGGAAAUUGACAAAGAGACGUUAUUAGAGGACGCUUAUGACUUUUUUGACACACAUACAGGAAACGUUGAAGUCGUUUUUAAUGGGAAAAUCAGAAAAGUUUAUUUUUCAUUCCCUCCUGACUUCUCAGGGCUUAGCAAUGAAAUCAAAGAAACCUUUUCAAGAGAUGCUGACCGCACCUCAGACCAAACCAAGCUCCGUUACUUACUUCCCUCUGUGAACGAACAAAAAAAUUUUGUUUCAUCAAGGAGGGUGUUAAUUUUUUUUAAAAUCUAAUUUUAUAGUGAUUUUUUUUUUCUAAAAUAAAAAUCCCAAUUCGCAAACAUUGAAAAGCAAAAAAAAAUAUAUAAUUUAUUUUAAUAUCCAACAUGUUUAAAAUUUAGCAGUAUUAGCUAGAGAUUUCAUUAUACUACUUAUACUAUAUUUCAGAAUAUUUUUUCAUAAAAGAUUUUUAUAUUAAAGCAUUAUUUGCUUAUUUAUGGAGAAUAAUAUGGAUUUUUCCAAUGAUUUUUCUCGUUUACGGAGUGGGAAGUUAGCCAUAAAAGCCCCCGAAAUUGCUGAACAAAUGAGCCAUGAAUACAAAAUACAAAAAUUUUUUACAAAAUACCCACUUGUCAACAGCCUAGCUUCCAAUGUCUGGCUUUGGCGAUAUUUUGCCUUUAUUCUUACAAUUUUGCUGAAUUUUUUUAUUAUCGUUUCAUAUUCUUACUAUGGCACCCACAAUUUAUUCCACCCAUCCCUUUUCUAUGAUACUGAUGGCAGCUUAAAUUCAGAAAAAACAUUAAGGCUUAUACAGACUGUUGGUCUUAUACAGGUCGUGAUCUGCUGCUUGAUUGUGCUGUUUUUCUUGUUGAAAAGUGGACUUAUUUUGGCUAUAAAAGGGUGAAAAAGUAAAAGCUUGACCAAUGAGUUCUGAAAAUCUAACCCAUCAAAGCUUAAAAUAAUCAUUGGGAGGUCUAAGCAGGUUAUUAGUACCAUAAUAUGGAUAGCAUCUGAUGUAAAUGUGUAUUAUUAUUUUGGGUAUUUAUUAGUAGCUUGCUUAGGGACUUUUCACCACCCUUUUUGGUUUUCUUUGUUAUUAAUGGACAUGCUUUAUCAGUUCCCCUCACUCCAAAACGUGAUUAAGUCUAUUACGAUGCCAAGAAAAGCGCUGAUUGUUACUUUUGUAUUUAUGAUCGUCAUUGUCUAUAUUUUUGGCUUGAUCGGGUAUUGGAAAUUUUCUAAUUGGUUCAAUGAUAACUGCCCAAGCUUGUAUUAUUGUACAGUAAACGUCUGGGAUAAAGGCUUCAAAGCUAAUGGUGGAAUAGGAGGCUAUCUAGGUCAACCAACUGAUGGUACUCUUGACUGAGCUAGACUGGCCUACGACAACUUAUACAACAUAAUUAUCAUGAUUAUUAUGCUAAAUAUCGUCCAAGGUAUCAUUAUUGAUACCUUUGCAGUCUUAAGAGAAGCCCAUGAACGAGACACUGAAGAUAAGAACAAUAAAUGCUUUAUAUGUGGUAUGGAAAGAGAUCUAAUAGAAAGAGUUACCAAUAAACCAUUCAGGUAUCAUACAUUAUAUGAACAUAAUGAGUGAAAUUAUAUUUUAUAUAUGGCUUAUAUACAGACUAAAGCAGAAACAGAAUAUACUGGCCUUGAAAGUUAUGUCAGGGAACAAAUUGAUAAAAAAGAUUUUAUGUGGAUCCCACAGCAUCAGGCUUUGUCGGUAAAAGAAGAAGAGGAUUCUGAUGAAAAAGUGCUGGUGGAUAACAUAGAAAAAGUAGAAAGCAAGCUGGUGGUGAUUGAAGAUGAGCUGAAAGAGAUAAAAAGAAAUUUAGAAUAA